AAGUGUGCGUUCUGGAUGAUGGUAGUGCCUGGGAACGCCCCGGUCAUCCAGCAGGAUCAUGCCCUGGAGCCUGACCUAGGACGAGACUCGCCGCAGAGCUCUGCCAUGGGCCCGGAGCCCGAGCCGGCGGCCCAGGAGGUCGGGCCGGAGCUGGAGGAGGUGCGGAAGCUGCGGGAGCUGGUGAGGAGGCUGGAGAUCCAGAACCAGCACUCGAGGAUGAAGAGCAGCAGGAGCGUGCUGGGGACACACACGCAGAGCGAGCUCCGUGCUGCUGUGGAUAACCACGGCUCCGGCCUUAACGGAAUGGAAAUUAAUAACAGCAUCAAUGUCAUAAGCGAGAAGCAGGAGUUGCAAAUAAUGGCAGAUCUGCACAACCAGUUAAGCAAAAUAAGAAAAGAGGAAGGAGAGAACAACUGCUUAAAAAAAGACAGAGAUGCCCAAAUGCAGUGUAGCUGCAACAGUGCCACCGAGGAGGUGUCUUCUGACACGUGUGAGGUGGAAACGGAGAGCGAUGGUGGCGUUAGACCUUCUUCAUGUACGGAUACGGAGCUGAUGGGAGGCUUGGUCAUUGCAGGUAUCGACUCCUCAGUGCCAAUAAACGAACAAAAUCCCAAUGCCAAAUGUGGAGAUCUAGAAAAUCUUUGGAAUAGCGCCGAUCUGGAUGAAGUGAAAGUGUUGGAACUUGAAAAUUGCAAUGAAGAAGAAAAUAGCUGGCUCUAUGUGUCCCCAAGAAAAUCUUCUGCUGAUCAGAAAACAGACUCACCCCUGAAAUGGUGCCGCGAGGUGCUGGGUAACCCCAGUCCCGAGACAGAGGCCGCCUGCCGGACCCUCCUGAACAGACUCGAUCAAGCCAGUAGAUGGAAAAACCUGUAUUGCAGUCCCUUGGCCUCACCGAGCGCCCAUAAUUUGAAUACAGAGACAGGCUCCUGUAGCAAUGCACUAAACUCUCCCGGGCAUCUCAAAUCGACUAACAAAGCACUACUAACCUGUGGCAGCUCAGGUUACCUGAGCAUGCACUCUGCGCUGAGCUCCCAGUCGUCGGUGGACAGCGAGCUCAGCACCUCCGACGACUCCAUCUCCAUGGGCUAUAAACUCCAGGACCUGACGGAUGUCCAGGUGAUGGCACGCCUUCAGGAAGAAAGCCUCCGUCAGGACUGUGCCUCCAGCUCUGCCUCGGUGUCCCGUCGCAGUUCCAGCGCCUCCCUUCACUCCCUGCGACGAGGGACCUACAGCGACCAGGAGUUCGACACCUACAGCCUGGAGGAUGAGGAUGACUAUGACUGCUCCCUGUCGUACCGCAGCGCCCACAGAUACUCCCCGUCCCCGCUCAGCUCCCCCCGGUGUCAGUCCCCUUCCUCCACCGCCGAUUACGGCAGGUCCUCGGCGUCCCGCAUCCGUCCCCCCCGGAGGUCGGUGCAGAGCCCCAUGCAGGACAGGCUCAAGUAUGGGAACAGUGAAGAGGAGCUGCGCCACAGCAUGCCCAACCUGGCCAGGACCAGCCUCCGAGCUCUGGAGUCCGUACGGAGCAGUCGGAGCUUGGAGUCUGACCUGCAGGUGCCCAACAGUCGAAUUCCACGCACUCAGCAACGCUCAGGAGGUCUAGCUCCCAGUAAGCUCAGGUAUCCCUCCAGUGCUGGCCAGUCUCCCUUAACUGUGCGACAGCCGCUGAAAGCAGGGUCGUGCACAAACUCUCUGUUAACGCCCAGGCAGCCUGUCAAAGCCUGCACCUACACAAACCCCGUGAGUGGAGUCCGAAAACCACCGGCGUCUUCCCUCGGCACCGGCUCUUCCAGCAGCAGUUGUGCUGCCAGGGGCAGUAACGUGGGCACUGGGGCAAAAAAUCCACCCAUGAAAGCACGUGCGUCUCUUGGAGGAAUCUCAGUGCCCAAGAACAAGCCAACACCACCAUCCAAGAGAUUCCUUCAGUCAGCCCAGGCUGCUGAGGAUGAUUCCUGGAAGGAUGGGUGUUACUGACCCCCCAACCGGCUGCCAAACCAUCUGGAGCAGACCCCCAGCGGGCUGGGUGGUACUGGGACCUGGAGAGCCCCCCUGUGCUGCAGACGCUGCUGUACAUAGCUCCUCUCCUGAAUCCAAACUGCCCUCACCUUCCCCUCUCCUGCCACAGCCCCAUCUCUCCACAGUGCAACAGCCACCUGCUUCACCGGGCUCCCUCUCCUCAAAACAGCACCGAAACCAGCCUUCGCCUCAAGACCGAAAAUAGCCUUAUUUCAUACAGACCUCUGCUCGCAGCCCUUUGGAAGUUUUGGCACAAAAAAAGACUUUUUAGGUGACCUGCUCUUGAGGACGCUCACGGAAAAAGGCUGCUGUUGAGCUGUGUGUGCCCGAGGGCGGCUUCAGGGCGUCACACAGCAGGGGCUGGGGGAGCCUAGAAAUAGUUCCAUAGAUGGUAGAAAUGAGACUUUAUAAAUUCAACCUGACCUACUCUAAUAUUUGUCUGAAACUCAACUGUUUGGUUAUGGUUUGGUUGGUUUGUUUUUUUUUUUCUAACUUCUGUAUAGAAUGUAUUUCUGCUAUUUUUAUUGUUUGUUCUAGAAGAAGAAGCAGGUUUUUAUAACUGUCGUCCACUUCAAGCCGUCGUGUCCGAGCGCGUGUCACGUUCACAGGUGAAGGAGCAGUGCACAACAUUUGUGUGGGCUUGGGACCAGCCAGGGACAGGAGAUGCUGCUGAAACACUGCUGUUCCUCAGCAUCUUCAUAUUUCCCAUGAGGAAGUUUACAAACACCAGUUAAAAGUCAACUUUUUAAUAGUAACCCUCCCUGAUCUGACUUGAAGUGUUUCCCCUGGAUCUCUUUUCAGGUAACCCCAAACUGCCCUCAUUUUUGUAGAAGUUUUCUACUGCCUCUUCAGCCACGAAGGAUUCUGUCUUAGGGUCCUUCUCCUCAGCGAGUGCUGGAUGCUACAAAUACACUCCGAGUACAGGAACCAUGCACUGAUAGCAAUGUUCUGCUGCCAUCAAUGUGAUUUUGAUAGUGUAGUUUAAUAAAAUGUUCUGGUGCUGAAAUAGAUCUGCUUUAUUCGAACUGUGAGCCUGACUUGUGAGUGGUUUUUGUGCUGGGAAUGAGGCUUUUCAGGACCUGCCCCUGCACAGGUCACCAGGGCUCUAGAGGACGUCCCUUAGGAUAGAAGUAUUGAUAUUUACCCUUUAGUCUCCUGGGGUUUCAUAAGAAUGAAAGGAUAAGAAUUAACUUAGUUCACAUCUUUUCUAGGAGAACAUCCAUCUGCAAGUGGCCUGAGCAGAAUGAAAUGUGGAAAACGCCACUUGCCACUGGGAAGGAUCUCUUUACAGCAGAGGUCACUCACUGCAUCAAGUUUGCUUUAGAGAGGAGGAAAAAAGAGGACGAGGCAGGUGGGAUCAAGGUGCUGUUUCAGAGGAGCUCGUGUGUAUGGUCCUGGAUCACCCCAUCAUUGCACAGAGGAUGGUGCCAGCGCAGGACUAUGUGAGUCUGACUCUUCUCAGCCCCCAGGGCAGGAGAAGCCACCCCACAACAGCAGCUGUGACACCAAGGCUGGGUUUGUCACCUCCAGCAGCUGUAAGGUAUUAACUGAAAGGCAGCAGUCUAAUGAAUUUCAGUGUUUUACUAUAAACUU